AUGGAUGUUGAAGUAACAAUUAACAAGCUUCGAGCCAGGUUCUUGAAACAGAGCUCUGAAAAGGAUCAAUUGAAUCGAAUUAUUAAGCCGUAUGGUGAGAUAAAUGAUACAGUUCUGCAAUUGUACAAAGGGGAUGAUGGUUGUAAUUUAUUGCAGUCGCUAGACUCACCUCCAAUAGCGGGUUCAUAUAUUAAGCAAAGCCGAGCUACAGGUAAUUAUAUUAGUGGUACGGGGUCUAAACUGUUUUCUAAUUCGAAUAACAAUACGAUGGUAUCGUUGGUGGAAGAAGAGGAGGAAGUAUUGGGGCUGAGGCCGAAUCCCAGUAUUAUGAAAGUUCCUUCUGUGAAAAAGAACAAUUCGAGUCCCGAUAUUUCGGAGAAGUCGCGGUCCAGAACACAGUCGAUCAUUGCUGAUACUAGCAGUUUGAAGAAUAAGAUGGUUCAUAGUUUACAUCGUAGAGGUAGCGAUUUGUCGUUACAGAGAAGUACUUCUAGGGCGUCUGAAAAGCUGAAAACGGUGAAGAAGUCUGGUCUUCGGCUCAGCAGGUUGUUCCGUUCGUCGAGCAAUGCGUCUAAGGACAGCAAAGGGAGUGGUGCUGGUAAGGCGAUAUUCAUAAGCGGAAGAUCCAGGGCAGGUUCCCUGAAAAAGCCGGCACUCAACUUGUAUGACCACUUUCUUUACACGCACGAGGGUCUCAAUAAUUUGGAAGAUGACGACGAUGAUGAUGAUGAUAAAUACGAGUAUGAUAAGGGUGCAGUGGUGAACUUCUUUGGGAAAGAAAAACGUAAUAAUAACUCUUCUAGCAGUUUGACGUUAGACGAGAAGGCUAAGUCUGCGAAGAGGAACACUUUCCUUGAGAAUUUCCCAUUGAAUCCGCACAAUAUUCUACAAAGCUCAGAUACUGUGGGUUCUAAUGACAGUGGGGAGAAACGAAACAAAGUGAAUAAAGUGCAGAAUAAGAAAAAUAAGCAGAACGAAAAUACAGCGCUUACUGCUGCUGCUGCUGCUGCUGCUGAAAAUGACACCACUUCUUCGUAUAUUGAGUCUUAUUUGAAUCAGCCAGAUUUGAAACCAUUUGACCAACCAAAUGAAAUAAGCACUAGCUCUCCUUCCAAAUUGAGAGGUAUAUCGUCGCAUUUGAAUGAUAGAGUCAGUGUUAGCAAUUUCAAUUCCCCGAACUUGUUAAUAGACGGUGAUGAUGAGAGCAAUGGCAUUCACGAUGAUGUAUCCUCAUAUGGUGAGUCUCUUUUGGAUUCAGACUUUAGCGGGGAUGACUUUGAAUCGAGCCAAGUGCCUUCCUCUGAGCUAUCUUCUAUGACGUUUGAUUCACAUGACAUACCUAGCAACUCCAUUCCUCAAUCACGAACCAUGGCUAUGUACCAUUCAGCCGAUGAGUCAAAAUUGGAUAAUGAGUUGGAUAAGGCUACUAAACUACUACACAUGGCGAAUAGGGCUCACAGAGAAGUAUUGUCCCAAUCUGUCCCUAAGGAUGCGGCCACUAACUCUUCGAAACGUACUUUAAGCUCCUCCCAAUCGGAACAGCGUGCAAAUGGAAGUACACACCACCGCAACUCUGGAUCAACCACUUUUUCUAACCGUUCAAGACACCUCAAGCCUAUCAACGGACACAGAAGGACGUCCUCGAAUUUGACUGAAACGAGCAUUGAUGAGGAUGACGAAGUUGAUGAUUCUAAACAAGAGGAACCUGAACUUGUCAUUGAAAAGGUUGAUGUACCCUCUUCUAAAAAUAAAAGUGAAUCAGCGUUAUCUGCUAUGUUUAAUAAGGAUAAAGUCACACAGAUGAAUCCCUUGGAAUACUUUUCAGGUGUAUCUGCGGUUAAGGAACUUCCAAGGAAUUCCUUGAAAUUGGACGUUUAUAUCCAAGAUUCCAAGGCUUAUAAAAGGAAACCAUUCACCAUUGCUGUUAAGAAAUCUGCAACGGUGUUCGAAGUAUUGGGAUACAGCUUAUACUGCUACUCUACAGAAUUUAAACCUCCCGACUCAACCGGAGAGCUUUCUCCAGAUGAAAUUGUUAAUCCCAAUUACUUUACGCUUAAGAUUGUUGACGAAGACGGUGAACCAUUUGAAGAUAAUUUUGGUGUCCUUGAAAGAACCCAAAAAAUUGAUACCGUCUUUGAUAAUGAGGUGGUUAUAUGCCAUGUUACUAGUGAUGAACAGUUUAAGAUGAAUGAAAAGGAAACUCCGUUGCCGGCAGUGAUGAAAGAUACAGGAGUAGUCCAAGAACCACCAGAUAACUCGCCUCAUAUUAACCAAUUAAGUUACUAUAAGUCAAUCUUACCAGCAAACUCUCUGCAACCUUCGAAUACCGGUUCCAAUAUUGUAACCAUUAAGGUUUUCUUGUAUCCGAACUUAAACCCACAAUUUAACUUCACGAAUAUAAAAGUACCAGUGUCUUCAAAGAUAAACGAAAUUUUGGUGUCUUAUUGUAAGUUGAAGAAUCUUGAUCCAUCAGAUUAUGUACUCAAAUUGGAAAACAGAGACCUCAUUCUAGAUUUAAACGAUUAUAUCACAAGUUUGGAUGGUAAUUAUAAACUUGAGGUCCUCAAGAAAAGAGACGCAAGGACCAAGAAGUUUGACAGAAUGAAAGCAACCAAUCAGCCAGUACUACAAACAAUUCAGAGUACAGAAUUAACUCCUUUAACUUUAACAAUGGCGAACGAUAACAGAUUCAUGCAGAAGAACAGAGAAGAUGAAGAGGCUAAAGAGGCUGUAAAGGAAGAGACAGGGGAAGGAAAAACCACUUCGACCACGAAAAGUUUGUUCAACAUGAGCAAACAUAACCACACUUCAUCGGCUUCUGGUUUCUUCAAACUGAAAAAUACGUCAAAAACAUCGUUAAAGUCUGGUAAACUCGGCGUCACUUCCAAAAGGUCAAGCAGCAUUUCUGGUAAUACUAGUUAUAAGGACCUAUUCACUGGAUCGUAUUACAAGUAUAAGGUGUGGCGGAGACAACAAAUGUCAUUUAUCAACAAGCAUGAAAGAACAUUGGUGAUCGAUGGUGAUUACGUGUACAUCAGCGGACCUGAUGGAGACCUUAACUGGACUCAUGAAAACGUCAAAACUAAAUCAUUCCAUGUCAGUCAAAUUACGUUGGUUAAAAGAUCAAAAAGAGUUCCUGAAUACUUCAAAAUUUUUGUGCACAGACCAGACAGAGAACGUAGAUAUUACUUUGAAGCUGUCUCUGCCGAAGAAUGUGUUGAGAUAAUUACCAGGUUGCAAAAUUUGAUUAGGGUUUAUAGGAUGAACCAACGAUGA